AUGGCGACCCAGACAUCCAAAAGAACAUUGACCUACGGUCAGCAUAGCAUACUCCAGACCAUAACCGUCACACCCCUCGAGCAACACAAAGAUGGUUACUGGGUAAUCUACAUCCACGGUGGCGCCUGGCGCGAUCCAACAAUCACAGCAGAAACCAUCGAACCUACUCAAUCCAUUCUCCAAUCCUCACCUAACCUCACAAUAACAGGCUUUGCCUCGAUCGAGUAUCGGCUCAGUCCACAUCCGAAUCACCCCCAAGAUAAAACGGCAACACCUGCCCAAGAAUACCGCAAUGCCAAACAUCCCGAUCAUAUCCGCGACGUGGAAGCAGCGCUGGCUUUUCUUCAAAAUACAUACGGCUUCGGCCAGCGGUACAUCCUCGUCGGUCACAGCUGCGGCGCGACACUGGCUUUCCAGGCGGUUAUGGGUGCGGUAGCGGGACAUCGGGAGCAAUUGUUCAACGGAGGCGCUGAUGAGUGUGACGUGCCCACUGAGCCGGUUUCCUCGUCUCCUGAACCGCUUCCGCCACGACUAGUAGCGCACCCGAUGGCUAUUGUCGGCGUCGCUGGUAUCUAUGACCUGCGACAAAUCGUGGAAACGCACCGGGAUAUUUCUGAAUACCGCAAGUUUGUCGAGGGGGCAUUUGGAUCGGACGAGUUGCUCUGGGAUGCGGUGUCGCCCGCUCAGAUGGUUGGGUCGAGAGGCGUGGAGGGUGGAUGGAAGACUGGACGGUUAGUUGUGCUCGCGCAUUCGAAGGAUGAUAGCCUCGUGGAUCUGGGACAGCUUGAGACGAUGCGGGACUCUCUUCGUGCGUGGGAAGGGAGGAAGGCGCAGGCUGUGAAGGAAGAGUUGACGUCGAAUGAUCGUCGUGUGCAGAUACUCCCUAUUACUGGAGAACAUGAUGAGGCAUGGAGCAAGGGCGAGGAACUUGCCCGUGCAGUCAAGUUUGCCUUUGAGGAGUUGCGAAAGAUGGGAUUAUCGCCCUAA